AUGAAAGCACCGCACAUGGAACCCCCGCGCUACAUGCACCACUUCGACACUUAUGGACUAGUGAAGCGACUCAAAGAAGGCGGAUGGGACGAAGACCAGGCCAUAACCGUCAUGAAAGCCAUGCGCGUCAUCCUCGGCGACCAGCAAGACUUGGCGAAAGAAGCGCUCGUCAGCAAAAGCCAGCUGGAGAACGAAGCAUACCUCUUCAAAGCCGCGUGCGCCGAGCUGAAAACAGAAGUCACGACGCGCCGCAAGAGCGAGCAGGAGAAGAUGCGCACCGAGCGCGCCCAACUGCAGCACGAAGUCGAUAUCAUCUCCCAACGCCUGGGGCAAGAGUCGACGAACAUGAAGGAGGAAUUGAAGGGCCUAUUCGACGACCGCAAGAUGGCCGUGCGCAACGAGCAGCGCGACAUGGAGAGCAAGAUCCAACAGCUCGGCUACCAAAUCACGGUAAAUCUGCAGUCGGACGCCAAGUCGGAUAUCGAAGGCGUGCGGUGGAUCAUGACGCGGCGAGUCAUUCUGACGCUCGCAUUUGUCGUGUUGAUGAUUGUGGGGAGUUUGAAGGCGGCGGCGAAUGCGGAGGAGCAGGCGAAGAGGGCGGCGGCCAAACCGGCUAUGAUGUCGGGUGGUACGCAGACUGAUAUGGGGGAGGGUGGGAGGGUCUUUGAGGGCGGGGGUGAGGUGGUGAUCAAGGAGGGCGAUCAUGCGGGUUAUGUCAGUUUGGGAUGA